UCUCGCUCGCGCUCCCUCACUCUCCGCGUGAAACAAAGUCGUGUCCGCGAGAGCCCGUAGGAAAGCGAAAAGAGAGAAACCGGAGAGGAGAGAAUGGGGCGACUGACUUCACAACAACAGAAGGAAUAAUAUAACGAAAAAAGACAAGAACACACGAGACGGAGGUGAAGACGGAGGAGAAAAAAACUUUUACUGGGGGGAGAGAAACUGUUACGGACUGAACAGACGGCCACGUUUUAAACAUGGAUACACUUUUCUCUGUACUCCCGGGACUCCUGUUUCUCCUCGCGACCGGUGGAAAGGUCUCCGGUCAGAUACCGACAGCUCACAUGGGGCGCUCUGAGAAGGGAAGCUGUACGUUUGAAGAGGGCUUCAGUCAGUGUGACUAUCAACAAGAUCCCUAUGAUGACUUCGACUGGACGCACACCCAGGAGGUGCCAUACAUUUCACCAGACCUACCACAAGGUUCCUACAUGUAUGUGGACGUGUCCCAGUACGAUGUUGGGGAGAAGGCCAGAUUCCAGCUGCCUGUCAUGAAGGAGAAUGACACUCAUUGUAUUGACUUCAACUAUCUGCUCACCAGCCCAGACGGCUCCAGUCCAGGCACCCUGAACGUCCUGGUGAAGGUAAACAAAGGUCCUCUGGCCAACCCUAUCUGGAACGUGACAUCCUACACUGGUAAAGACUGGCUGAGAGCAGAACUGGCCGUCUCCACCUUUUGGCCCAAUGAGUACCAGGUCAUAUUUGAAGCCGAGGUCUCGGACAGCAAAGCUGGCUUCAUCGCCAUCGACGACAUUCAGGUGCUCAGCUACCCAUGCGAUAAAUCCCCUCAUUUCCUGCGCCUGGGAGACGUGGAGGUCAACGCAGGACAGAAUGCCACAUUUCAGUGCAUCGCUACAGGACGAGACACGACCAACAACAAACUCUGGCUGCAGAGGAGAAAUGGAGAAGAUAUUCCUGUAGCUCUGACCAAAAACAUCAACCACAGACGGUUCGCCGCCUCUUUCCACCUCAAGGAAGUGACCAAUCAGGAUCAAGAUCUGUACCGGUGCGUCACCCAAUCAGAGCGCGGCUCCGGGGUGUCUAACUUUGCUGGUCUCAUCGUCAGAGAGCCUCCGCACCCCAUCGCCCCGCCCCAGCUGCUCGGCGUCGGCCCCACGUAUCUGCUGAUUCAGCUGAAUGCGAACUCCAUAUUUGGAGAUGGACCUAUUAUACUGAAAGAGGUUGAGUACCGCAUGACAUCAGGCAGCUGGACUGAGACUCACGCUGUGAACUCUCCAAACUAUAAGUUAUGGCAUCUCGACCCAGAUACAGAGUACGAGAUCAGAGUGCUGCUGACCCGACCAGGAGAGGGAGGGACGGGGAAACCUGGACCACCACUCAUUACCAGGACCAAAUGUGCAGAACCGAUGCGGACUCCAAAGAGGCUGAAGAUCGCAGAGACCAGAUCUCGUCUGAUAGCGGUGGACUGGGAAUCUUUGGGUUACAACAUCACUCGCUGUCACACCUUUAAUGUCACCAUCUGCUACCAUUACAUGACCGCCAACAACCGCAGCAAAGCAGACUGCUUGGACAUGGACCCUAAAGCACCACGCCACCUGGUUGGAAACCUGCCGCCCUACACCAACGUCAGUCUGAAGAUGAUUCUGACCAAUCCUGAGGGACGGAAAGAGAGUGACGAGACCGUCAUACAAACUGAUGAAGAUGUUCCAGGCUACGUUCCCAGUCAGUCGCUGAGAGCCACUCCAUUUGAAGACAGGAUCCUUCUUUACUGGAAGGAACCCACCGAACCAAAUGGGAUCAUCAUACAGUAUGAGAUCGGCUACAGCGGCCUGCGUUCAUAUGACCCUUCAGUGCCUCUUCAACGACCAGGACUCACUGUGUCUCUGCCCUCCAAUGCCACCCAUCAUCUGUUCUCAACGCUUCACCCGGGGGUCACGUAUCAGCUCUCUAUACGAGCAUCAACCUCCAAAGGGUUCGGUCCUGCAACAACGCUCAAUGUGACAACGAAUAUCUCAGCCCCGACUAUAGAUGAGUAUGACGGGUCAGAGGCCUUCCUGAAUGAAACUGCAACAACCAUCACCGUCCUCUUGAAACCUGCUCAGGCCAAGGGAGCACCAAUAAGUGCAUACCAGAUCGUAGUGGAAGAAGUAAAUCCUCAGCGGACCCGUCGACAAGCUUCAUCUGACUGUUAUGAGGUUCCGGUUACCUACCACAGUGCAUCGAGCGGUGGAUCUCCAUAUUAUUACGCCGCCCAGCUGUCCCCCAGCAACCUGCCUGAGCCGCUCCCCUUCACCGUGGGAGACAACAAGACGUAUCAGGGUUUCUGGAAUCCUCCGCUGGCACCAAGGAAGAAUUACAACAUCUACCUACAAGCUGUUAGCAGCACAGAGAGGGAAACUAAGACUCAGUGUCUGAGGCUGGCCACUAAAGGUGCAACAGAGGAGCCUGAAGUCAUCCCUGACCCCGCCAAACAGACGGAUCGGGUUGUGAAGAUCGCUGGGAUCAGCGCUGGUGUCCUCGUCUUUAUACUGUUGGUGCUGGUAGCCAUCCUAUUGGUCAAGAAGAGGAGGACCUACUAUUCAUACUCUUAUUACCUGAAACUGGCUAAAAAACGUAAAGACGCCAUCGGAACCACACGACAGGAGAUGACUCACAUGGUGAACGCUAUGGAUCGCAGCUAUGCUGACCAGAGCGCUCUGCACGGAGAGGAUCCCAUGGCUGUGACUUUCAUGGACUCUCACAACUACAACAACAGAUAUGAGAACCACAGUGCCUCUGCAGCGGAGAACAGCCGGCUCCUGGAUGUUCCUCGGUAUCACUGUGAAGGAACCGAAUCUCCUUAUCAGACAGGACAGCUGCACCCGGCCAUCAGGGUGGCCGACCUCCUGCAGCACAUCAACCUCAUGAAAACAUCAGACAGCUACGGCUUUAAGGAGGAGUACGAAAGCUUGUUUGAGGGCCAGUCGGCCUCCUGGGACGUUGCCAAGAAGGAGCAGAACCGUACGAAGAACCGCUAUGGAAACAUUAUAGCAUAUGACCACUCAAGGGUUAUUCUUCAGCCCAUAGAAGACGACCCCUCCUCAGACUACAUCAACGCCAACUACAUCGAUGGCUAUCAGAGACCAAGCCACUACAUCGCCACUCAGGGUCCUGUUCACGAGACAGUGUAUGACUUCUGGCGCAUGGUCUGGCAGGAACAGUCGGCCUGCAUUGUCAUGGUGACCAAUCUGGUGGAGGUUGGAAGGGUGAAAUGCUACAAGUACUGGCCAGAUGAUGCAGAGGUGUAUGGAGACUUUAAGGUCACCUUUGUGGAGGUUGAACCUCUGGCUGAAUACGUGGUCCGCACAUUUACUCUGGAGAGGCGUGGAUUCAACGAGGUGCGUGAAGUCAAGCAGUUCCACUUCACAGGAUGGCCUGAUCACGGAGUUCCAUAUCACGCCACGGGACUACUUUCCUUCAUCCGCAGAGUUAAGAUCUCCAAUCCUCCCUCUGCUGGACCAAUCGUGGUUCACUGCAGUGCUGGAGCAGGGCGCACAGGCUGUUUCAUCGUCAUUGACAUCAUGUUGGACAUGGCGGAAAGAGAAGGCGUGGUGGACAUCUACAACUGUGUGAAAGCUCUCCGCUCCAGGAGGAUCAACAUGGUACAGACUGAGGAGCAGUACAUAUUCAUCCAUGAUGCCAUACUAGAGGCUUGUCUAUGUGGAGAAACAGCCAUACCAGUCUGCGAGUUCAAAGCUGCGUAUUAUGAGCUGAUCCGCAUCGACUCGCAGACCAACUCGUCACAUUUGAAGGACGAGUUCCAGACGUUAAACUCGGUGACUCCUCAGCCUCAGCCUGAAGACUGCAGCAUCGCAUUGUUGCCUAGAAACCAAGAUAAGAACCGCUUUGUGGACGGCCUUCCUCCCGAUAGAUGCCUACCCUUCCUCAUCACAAUAGACGGAGAGAGCAGCAACUACAUCAACGCUGCUCUGAUGGAUAGCUACAGACAGCCUGCUGCGUUCAUCGUUACCCAGCAUCCUUUGCCAAACACGGUCAAAGACUUCUGGCGUCUGGUGUACGACUAUGGAUGUACCAGUUUGGUGAUGCUGAAUGAGAUUGACCUCGCUCAAGGUUGUCCUCAGUACUGGCCAGAGGAGGGUAUGCUGCGUUACGGUCCGGUCCAGGUGGAAUGUAUGUCCUGCUCCAUGGACUGCGAUGUCAUCAGCAGACUCUUCAGAGUCUGCAACCUCACCAGGCCUCAGGAGGGCUACCUGAUGGUUCGUCAGUUCCAGUAUCUGGGGUGGGCGGGACACAGAGAAGUCCCCGCCUCCAAGCGUUCCUUCCUCAAACUGAUCCUGCAGGUGGACCAAUGGCAGCGCGAGGGAGAGGAGGGCGAGGGAAGAACCAUCGUGCACUGCCUAAACGGAGGCGGGCGCAGUGGAGUUCUGUGUGCCAGCAGCAUUGUGUGUGAGAUGGCAAAGAGGCAGAGUGUGGUUGACGUCUUCCACGCCGUGAAGACGUUGAGGAACAGCAAACCCAACAUGGUGGACACUCCGGAGCAGUACCGGUUCUGCUACGACCUGGCGCUGGAGUUCAUUGAGUCCUCCUAAAUACAGGAGCGAGGAAGAGGAGGUGAAGAGGAGCAGAACAUCCUCUCACACUCUAUGUCUUUGAUCCUUUGCUUUGCUUGAUCCCAGCUCCCCUGGGUGGUCGCCGUUCUGUAGCACCCAUUUUGCGUCCCUACAAAUGGCACGAGUGGCUCCUCGCACAGCGCUGUUUAAACCUCCAAACAAAGGGAAGAGCUCAGACUUUCAGCAGAAGGAGCUGUGAGAGAAUAACAGAGGGGAGGAGGAGGUGAUGUUAUUCUUUCUUCUCCUUCACGCUUAUUGUACAGCUUUUUGAGUGCCAGCGGACCCCCUGUAUGUUUCAGGCCUCUGUUUCAAUGUUCAGACCCCUCACACGGACUCGAUGCCUCAUGCUGUCUCAGCUGCAGUACUCAGUACGCCCUGUAGAUGUCUCUCUCUCCCAGUGAAAGCUGCAACAACAGCUGCAAGUUUUCAGCCGCCACACAUUCCUGCUCAUAUGCUAAUUUCUCAUCAUGCUAAUGCUAAAACCCUGGCUAUACACUUACCGCCAGGCCGAACUCUGAAUGCUUGUUUCUCCUCCAUACACCUGUCUUUAUAUUCCUUUUUGCUCCUUCAGUCAGAAUCAUGUAUUUCAGUACUAACUUAAAGCCACUUUGAAGCUGUGUCACUUCAGCUCCAUGCAGACCGUCAGUAAAAGAAUCAAAAGAUAUAAAGUAGUGUUUCAAACUAAGGCUGCCAAUGAAACAGAGCGUUUACACAGGGAGGGUUAGCCUUUUGACUUUAUCAUGAAGUGGCGACUUGAAAAAUAGAGUAGUAUUUUCACCAAAAUGUGUAAAAAAAAUAAAAAGUGUUAUGUAUCAUUGUUUCAUGUCUCUGCGCUCAGUGUGAGCAGCAGUGUUGUUUUUUCAUUGUUUUUGUUUUUACAUCAUUUACUGAUCUACUGGAUAGAAGUUUUGAAGUCUUCUUGUGUUUGCCCAAACUUGAACAUGUGUGUUCAACCAUGUGACAUUUAGCGUAAUCAUGUUUGUGUUCAGGGCUGGGCCCAAUGCACUUUCAAUUCAGCCAACUCACAAACGAGAUGUUUCAGUUCAGAAGUCAGAUAUGAACAGAUCGGGAGGGAUGGGUGGGGAACGAUUGCCUUUACGAAACGACUGAGAUUUAAUGAUAUGCUUUGAUUCUAGUUUCCAUCUCUGCUUUGUAAAGAAUUGGAGGUGGACUGACCCCAGGCCUCGUUGUUUUGUGCACUGAUGGCCGACACUUUUCCUUUCCCUUCUUUAUUUUUAUAUUAUUUUGUAGCCUCCGAUGUUUAUUCAUAAGCCAAAGACUUUGUGUAAAUAUGUCUAUAUGGAUAAAGCACAUUGUUUGUAUUUAUUGUUUGUUUACUUGCAUUGCUUGUAAGAACAAUCAUUCUUCAUUCCAUGUUUACUCUACCGCCAGCGUUUCUUAAACUGCAGGUCGGGGACGCAAAAUGGGCGGCGGCGGCGGCACUGUUCCCUUCUGGAGAGUAUUUUGAGAUGUAAUGAGCCCAUAAUGGGUCCCGAGGUCAAAGGCGGCUGCAUCUGCUCUUUUUGUGUCCAUGAAGAAGAGUUUAAGAAGCCCUGAGAGAAGCUGUAUAUUAAAGCAUAAGAAGUAGAUUUUUCAGUAUUUAGGUGCAGUAGUAUUGUCUUGUUUUCACUUAAUGAAACUCUCUGUGAUGUUCUAGCGUGGUUUCUUUGUGUAAAGCCUCAUCGCUCUGUUUGUGGUCAGUAGAACUUCAGUGCGUUUACAUGCACAGAGUAUUCUGGAUAAUAGCUCCUAUCCCUCUUAACGUCUUAGUUUGGGAUAAGCUGUUUAUCUUCAUCCUCAUAUCCUGCUCACCAUUAUCCCUGAAUACACACACACACAUGGACUCAGUGAUGCAAACAGGCUUAGUGGGUGACACAUGCAGGACUGUGAGACAAAAAAAAAAACAUUUAUUGUGCCUAAUCAUUUUAUUCCU